GCCAUUCACGCUGCUAACACGGUGUGAGUAUUGAGAAGCUCUGUUUUCCUUAUGUCCUCAGAGGUCGGAGUGCAAAGAGGAAUUAUGCUUUGACUUUUAUUCUAAGAACUGUUUACAGACAUCACUUGGCUUAAUAUGUGGAUUUGAAUGGGGACAGACCUUUUAGAAAUGGAAGCAGGCAUUAUUCUGAUACCUCUGGAAGAAGACCCCUCUCCGGGAAAUGUUUGCAUUCAAUGAUUGCAAAUCACGUCGGUUUUUGUAGGUCAUUAUCAGAAGAACUCGUCUGACUCGGAUAUAACAAUGGAUGAUAAUGACCAGGCAGAGACCUUUGAGCGUUUUGAGCCAAGCUGUAUUCUAAUCCUGAUUAUAACUGGCAAAAUUAUAAUGAACAUCUUUAUUUCCGGAGCAAAACGAAGAAGCGUCAGUCCGAGCUUCAUGGGAUAUUUUUGUCUGUCCCUAGCUUUUACAGAUUUUGCUCUUUUGAUUUCAGUCUUCAGCAUUCACUAUUUUCAGGAUUUUGCGAUAUGGGGUGUUAGGUUCACAACUUACCAUAUAUGUCUGCUGACGCAGAUUAUAUCCCAUACAUAUGGUAUCUUACACUAUCCUGUUUUUGUAGCAAGUGGACUGGAUUAUUACUUGACUAUUGUAAAGUCUGUACAUCUUUCAAGGUUUUGCAGUGGAUUUCUCUAUUGUGCAGUUGUUCUGCUCCUGUGGACUUUGGCUUUUUUGUAUACCCUCAAUAUCCCGGCUGGCUUGGCAGAAUGGAAUGCUGGAGUAAUAUCCCACCAAUGCACUUUUUACAUCAGCAGACAAAGUUUUUAUCUAUCAGCUGCCAUAGUCGUUACGGUUUUCAUGGUUCUUGUAAUCUGCUGUUUUGAGGUUGUGGCAUUAAUAAGAACAAUGAAACUAACUACCUAUUGUGAUAAAACUGUGAUUCUGUUUUCAUACGGAAAUGAGUGGCCAAUACGAAGCACUAGAUGUCUCCUGACUUCUUUUCUAUUUUCAUUUCUGGGGACGUGGGCGCCAUUUCUUCUCAUUCAAAUCAUCAUUAUUUUCUCAUGUGCCCAUAUCCCGGGAUACAUGGAUAUGAAUGUUGCAUGGCUGUAUUUCAUGAACAGCUUUCUAGUGGGAGUGUCUUAUAGUCUUGAGUAUCCCAAUAUUCCAAUAAUAGAGCGGAAGCUUAAUGUGGAUCCUUUUAUAGACUGGAAAUACUGCGUUUAUCCAUUUUAUACAGAGGACAGCCAAAUAACUGCAUUAAAGGAAAUGCCUCUGGAAGUUGUGAUUUAAUA